AUGAGGGACCUUCCACUUCGACUCAAACUAAUGCCGAGCCUUCCACCUCCACCCACACCGACGAAGGGCCCCCCACCCAAACCAAUGCCGAGCCCCCCACCCCCACCCACACCGAUGAACCCCCCACCCAAACUAAUGCCGAGCCCUCCACUUCCGCUCAAACACCUGCGGGACCUUCCACUUCGACGAAUAGGAGGUCUGGGCGCAAGAGACUUGGUGCUCGAGAACCAACAUCUCAAACAACGAAUCGUCAUCUAUUGGGCAAAGAAAAAGAUGCAGGAAUGGGGAAGGGAAGAAACAGUGGCAUUUGUCCUCUCAGAAGAAGUUGUCGCCUCUUGGUUUGGUGUCAACACCGCCUCGUACCAUAGCUUCAUUAGCUACGUGGAAUCACCGCAGCAUGACGAAAACUGGAUGCCCACCACACUACCACUCGGUCAUGUGCUACAAAUGGAACCACAUGCAUUCCAGGAAAUGCUGGACACUGUUGGCCCUCUCGUCUUGGUCGGCCCACCAGAGGCACUUGAAUUCGACGUUUCGACACUUUUUGGUCUGAUGGACUUUCAGGGUGUCUCACAGUGUAUAGACUCCGAUGGGGAUGAGGACCAGAUCCUGGAGAUGCAGGCAGGCGAUGCUGCUCGUGAAAUGUGUCAUUGGUCCACAUCCAGGCCAUUGAUCAUGGAGCAUGUCCCAGCACUGCUGGGACGUAUCAAGCUGUAG